CAGUGCAACACUAACCAAACUUCCCACUGAUACAGUGGUGCAUGCGGCGCUGGCAGCCCGUCGCAAACAUAAAAACGCCCUCCACGCACCCCACCCCCUAGCAAUCUCACACCGCAUUCCACGGACCAUAUCACACGCUCUGAAACCACUGUUGUAGAUAGCUCUGGUGCAGCGUGCACACAAGUUACAGCGGCAGCCGGCGAGAAUGGCAGCUAGGACGUCGCUGCUGCUUCUACUCGCGCUGGCCGCGGUGGUGGCUCACGUCGACGGUGCGACCGUGGCCGCGCCGGCGCCGGCCGUGGACUGCAGCGACGCCCUGAUCAGCCUGGCGGGGUGCCUGAGCUACGUGCAGGAGGGGAGCACGGUGGCGAUGCCGGAGGCGACCUGCUGCUCCGGGCUCAAGGACGUGGUGAAGAAGGAGGUGGCCUGCCUCUGCCAGGCCUUCCAGGGCGGCCAGGACUACGGCGUCACCCUCAACAUGACCAAGGCCCUGCAGCUGCCCGGCGCCUGCAAGGUCAAGACGCCUCCCUUCAGCAAGUGCCACAUUUCCAUUCCGGGCGUGACCGGUGGGUCUCCAGCACCUGCACCUGCCCCGUCUUCCGGUGCUCCGUUCUUCGGGGGCUCGCCGUCACCAUCCACGCCUUCGGCUGAAUCACCAGCCGCAGCCGGAACCGGAAGCGGCGACUCCACCACCGCUCGAGCUCCAUCGCCGUCGGCCUCCGCCGUGGCCACCUUCCCGUCUUCAGCAGACGUCCUCCUAGCCGCAGCGACUGUCGUUGUGAUGACCCUGCUCGUGUGAGCAGCUGGGCGCGCCUGUAAUUCAGCAAACCUGUUCGUCGUUCAUGUGACCAUUUUCGCUAUACCCGCCCGACACAGCUGAGAAAGCAGACCCAGCCUUGUUGCUGGCUUUGCUGCAUGUACCGAGAUGUAUCUUAUCUGAGAGUUUCCAUUCCAUUUAUACAGAUGUCACAUUCAUAUA